CACUUGUCUUGUCACUGUUGCGAAUGUCAAGUUUCUACGAAAACGAAAUAAAGACCAAGUUGAAUUUUAAUUUUACUCAUUAUAAAAAUUGAUGACUAAGAAAUUGAAAAGGAGCUAUCAUUGUUGAGUGUAUCUGUUUUGCUUCUAUAUAAGUAACUACAAGAUAUAAGCUUUUGCGGGAUAAUUUAUACAUAACAUAGGUUAUAUUGAUUUACUUCGUCAAAACCUAAAAAAUUAUGACUGAGAGCCCCGAUAUGUCGGAGAAAGAGAUUCUCAACGAUUUUAAUGAAAAUUACGGUAAAGUCCGAAAACUGCUGGACGAGGACAGCAAAAAUGACCCGGAAAACGAGCCUUACAUGUCUAAAUACAAAGCCAAAGGAAUCCUUGUUAGUAUGUGCGACAGUUUGAAGAAACUUCUCAGUGGUACCACUAGUUUGGAUGACAUAAAGCUCCAUGCUAUGUUAGGAACUGUAUUACUGAAUAUUGGGGUCAUUGACAUGGAAACUGAAGAGCUAACAUCAAGUGAAAGAGUUUUGACAGAAGCUGUGGACCUGCUUUCUACAAACUCCUCUAAACCAGAGAUAAUAAUCACUCUUAUUAAUGUUUAUAACAAUUUAGGUAUACUGUGGUCUAAUCGCGAUGCCCCUGAUAAGGCUAAGACAUAUUUGUUGCAUGCUAAAGAGUUGUAUGAGAAUUUUAAAUGCACAUUGCAGUUGCCGUUACCCAUAGAGCAGAUUGUAAGCCCUACAGGAGAAAGUCCUCUGGGAGAUAUGAUGUUACUAGAGAAAGCACACACAUUAACUCUUUACUACUUAGCUCAAGUAUAUGGUUCUUUGAAGGAGAAUUUAAAAUCAGCAAUUUAUUGUCAUGUAACUUUACGCAGACAGUUACAGUACAAUGAUUAUGAGCCCAUAGAUUGGGCAUUGAAUUCAGCAACAUUGUCACAAUUCUUUGCUGAGCAGAAUGGAUUUUUCCAGUCGAGGCACCAUUUGGCAGCUGCUUCUACAAUUCUUGAACAAUAUGAAGAGAAACUGGGGUCAGCUGAGAAUAAUGAUGAAGUAUUUCUGGCAAAGAUAGAAACAUUUAAGCACAGGUCAGCUGAUGUGGCCCGGUGUUGGGCCAAAUACUGUAUCUUACUCAUGACUUCAUCUAAAGCUAGGCUUAUGAGUGAUACUGAGCAUUUAACCGAGUCUAUAACAGAUAUGUCGAAUCUCAAAUUGGAAGAUAAUGAAAACAUUUGUGGAGGAGACAUUACCAAGUUAGUCUUCACAGAUAUAGAUGUGUCAAAAUAUGAGAGCAAGAUUGGGGACAAGUUUCUUCUGACCUACCAGGAUGCCAGAGAAGUAUUUCUGAACUGUCAAACUUGGCUGAAUAAGGCUAAGGAGUACUAUAAACUUGAUACCCUAGCCUCAGAUUACAUAGAACUGGUACAAGACAGCUCCCAGUCAUAUAGUUACCUUGCUUUCUUUGAGGAAGACGACGAAAGGCGUGCAAAAAUGCACAAAAGACGUAUUGACAUGCUAGAAGACUUAUUAAAAGAAAUCAACCCAGUAUACUACCUUCAAUACUGCAGGCAACUGUGGUAUGAACUUGGCGAGGUCUACUCAGACAUUCUAAACAUCAAACUCGAAAAACUCAACAGAUCAAACGAAAAACCGACUCCACACGCGUUGAAGAAAAUCAACAGUCUUUGCGAAAAGAGUAUCGAAAAUUUCGAUCACUUCAUUGAUUCUGUUAAGGACAAGAAUGGCGUGAUGCCGGCGAAAUUGACUUUCGAAUUAAUACGGCCUGUGAUUAGUGCUUACGCCUUCAUUGGUAGAUGUAGCAUGAAGAAGGUUGCAGUUGAUAAACUGACACAGUUAAGGAAUGUGCAAAAGAGUUAUGAUAGCUAUCAGGCUGUGGUCGACAUUUGCUCUAACUGUGAAGAUGCAGCGGCUAUGAUGCAUGAGGAAUUCUCCUUAUGCCAAGAAAUGGUUAAAAUACUGCCUAUUAAAAUAAAGAGGCUUCAAAUUGAGACAGCUGAAUAGAAGAUUUGCAUACACUGUGGUUGUUCACACUAUAAUGUACAGCAAUAUAUGUAUGUUGGUAUACUCAGAAUGCUUUUAAGAUGUUGCUUUUUAAUUCAGCAAACUACCAGAGAUGGUUAUUUUAGUAUGUGCAGGCACAGAUGGUUAAUUUGUAGAUAGACUUUGUUUAAUUUUGUGUUGUUUUGCCUGACUGCCAGGAAGGGUUGUUAAGUGAUGAACUGCUUAGGGAAAGCGUGCAGGGACUGGCUUUUAAUAUACGAAAGUAAAUAAUGUUAAUUACCUAUUUCUUUUUUUUAACGACGUCAAAAGUCAUCAAAUGAUGUGAGGGAGUGUCAGACUCUUACUGACUAAAAACCGUCGUGUACCGUCGUAAGCCUUUUAUGUACCAGGGCCGCGGUAACUCUUUCCAACUUUCCCGCAGCCCCUUCAGGCCUUGGCUGCUGGGCACUGCUGGGUUAUUACUUAUGCCUGGAAUGGUUUUCUCCAAACUUUAUGGCAGCUCAAAACGUAGCGCCAGACGCUGCAUUUUAGGUAUCAUGCACGUACUUUUACUGCUCUGAGGUCGCCGUUAAGUUUGCCGACACUUCCAUUCAUAAAAUAUGUAUUUGCUAACAACUACCUAUUGUGGUUGCUGAAACUAUUUAGUUUGUAAAAUUAAUCGAAGGCUCAACAUUAAAGCGUUAAAUCUUCCCUUACUUAAUUAUGUUAAUUCUUGUAUUAUUUCAAUGAAAUUAGGGCCCAUUCUCAGGGUAUUUGUAAAUUAUGGUAUUUAAUCUAAAAAAAAAUGAUUAAUUAAAUUUUUAGCACCUCAUAUAACGGUUUUUUCAGAAGUACCCGUGUUAAAUCUAGGUUUAAAUCAUUGACUAUUUUCAAUGUGAUAGUUUAGACGUGGUACCUAUGAAAUAUUUAGUUUCAUCUGUGGUUGUUUUAAUACCCCCGUUCCUAUUUGGGGAAAGCCUUGCUUUUGCUUAUAAUACCUACCAUUGUAACAAACCUGGCAUUUUGAACAUAAGUAACUCAUAAUACUGGCUAUUUCUGUUGUUGGAAAUAAAUGUUACAGAUUUUUUUUAUUAAAAAAGAAACAACACAUAAA